AUGACUCGUGAGAACUUGCUGCCAUCAGGUAAAGAAGUUCAUUCAAAAUUCUUAAAUAGUGGCCCAUCGUUUCCGCAAUUUGAUAUUGAAUGCAUCGAGCCUGAGAAUGAAGGACUGAACGAAGACACUGAUUAUUCGCCACCUUCAAUGUCAUCAUGCAGCUCUUCAUCAUUGGAUGACGAGGGAUCUUUUGAAAAAGUCUCGGAAGAAUACAUCAUCACGACUGUAAAAUCAAGGAGAGGACGCGAAAAAAAAACUGAGUUGGAAGGAUUUUUAGUUGGAACGGAAAUCGAUACUUUGCCCUACUUGAUGAAAGAUGAUGCAGAAGACAAAUCCAUUCCUUUGAUGAACGUCUCGUCAAUUCCACACAAUGAGCUCGCUCACAGCAAUGCUCCACAAAAUAACAUGGAAGAGGAAAGGGUUGAAGCAAUUGAAGAGGUCUGUGAGGAAAUUCUAAAUAACCUGGUAGAGCAAGUGGACCAACCGGAGUACAACGAGGUCAUGGAUUGUGAAGUUUCCGAAAACCGUGGCAGCAGAUGGAGACGACGAAAUCCACAAAAAUGGCAGUGUAAUAUGGAAAAACGUAAGCGAAGUCAAUGUUUACCUUACGAAGGGAAGAAAAAGCUACGACCUGCCAAAACUCCGAAAACAAUCAACUGCCAGAAGUGUCGUUUCCAUUGCUCCAAAUACUUCACAGAAGCUCAGCGGGAAAACAUUUGCGCUUUUUAUUGGGGCCUAGACGAUUUUAAAAGGCAGAAGGAUUUUAUUUUGGGGCAAGUAACUUUGCAAGCUCCUGCAAGAAGACGACCUCGUGAGGAAGGGGCUCCGCGCAGCAACAGUAUGUCAUACCGAUUUAAAGUUAAUGGAGACGAUGUAAGAAUGUGCCAAAAAUUUUUCCUCUCAACUCUGUGCAUAUCCAAAGAUGUCGUGUAUAAUGCUCUCAUGCAUAAAGGUGAGUAUGGCUCGUACGUUGGUGAAGAUAAACGAGGGAAACGAGCUCCUGCGAACAAGACGAUCGUCAAGAAACACAUCGAGAGCUUUCAUGCUGUGGAUUCGCAUUACUCCAGGAGUUCAAGCCGCAGACGGUACCUGGAUGCCACUCUUAGCAUUGAAAAGAUGUAUGAGCUCUACUUAGAGGAAUUCAAGAAAGAAUAUGAAGACAGGCCUCAGGAUGAGGAACCAGAUCGUGCCGAAGAAGCAAAAUCUCCACGUCCUGUUUUCCUGUUUAUUUACAAGAGGGUAUUUGGUACUGAAUACAACCUAUCUUUUUACCAUCCAAAGAAGGAUAGGUGCCAAACCUGCGAGAAUUAUCAUAAUGGUAGCCAGGAUGAGAAAGCAAUGCUACAAGAAAAUUACGAUAAUCACCAAUUGAGGAAGGAUGAUUGUAAUGCCGCCAAAUCACUCGACAAAAUUUUCAGACACAUGUGGGGGGCAAAA